AUGAUUUUGUCCUUACUCCUCCUCUCCUUUCUAAGCUUUGGAUUCAGUCUUGCAAGCCUUCCGAAAGUCUGGUUUCCAGAGUACUUCGAAACCGACCCAAAAUUCCAAGCUGACUAUCCGACCUGGAAGGGUGUUGUAGACCAGGCUUUCCAAGACGCCGUCACUCUCGCGCGGGUGGUGGUCCUGACAGGGAAUGCGUGUGAUCCGGCCUUUUUGCGAUACUUCCAAGAACAAGAUUACGGCUUUGUACAGGCUUUGUUCGCAAGGAUUGCCAAUGUUCGUCCGCCUAAGAACACAGAUACUCCAGAGGAAGUCCUGGCUAUGUUGCAAAACACAAAUCCUGCCGACACUUUGAGCCCGGUGUGGGAUAAAUUGCUGCUCUCGUUUCUCGACUACCCCAAGAGUCCAUGGGACAUUCCCGCUGGUGGCAGUUGCAACAUGCAGGGCGUAAAUGGCUACCUCACAUACGACGGCAAGGCACCGAGAGAGGAGAACGAUCCGGCUCGGUCAGAUUAUCCCAAUGUUUCGGGAUACUUGGGGAUGUGCCCAAAAGCCAUAAAUUGGCAGACUUGCGUCGACCUGGCCACCACCGAAAACCCUCCAGAUUGGGCCAGGAAAGGCCCAGGGCAGGACUUUACGAGUGGGUGGAGCUGUGAUGGUUUGGGAGACAGAGAUACCGGAGACAUGAGAACAAUUGGGUCUUCUCUGUUGCACGAAAUGUUACACGCAAGUUCCCUUGCCCUCCGACAGUGGCCGGAGCUGUUCAAAAGUAACUCCGUGUACUCGCAGGUCAUCGAUGGCGGCGGCCAAUUCGGACCGCAAAUUGCUGAUUACAAACUUGCCGGGUCGUUUCCGGACCCCUACGGUCCAUUCAACGCUGCCAAACUGGCAAAGUUCGCCAAAAACUCUCGCACAGGGUAUUCGCAAGCAAUCCAAAACGCGGACAACUACGUCUGGUACGCCAACUCGAAAUAUUGGUCGUGGAAAUGUAAACGACCUUUCGGAGCCGCUGCCAGCGAGGCAGAUAACCAGUUCAAUGAGUUUCGAGCAAGAGGACCUCCGAUGUAUGGGCAGUGGAACCAACCACUUCCAGACAGCUAG